CUCUCCGCCAAAUCUCUUCAACUAAAGAUAAACAGAAACUAAAAAAGAGAAAGAAUGGCGAGAGGGAAGAUCCAGAUCAAGAGGAUAGAGAACCAGACCAACCGACAAGUAACAUAUUCCAAGAGAAGAAAUGGUUUGUUCAAGAAAGCUCACGAGCUUACGGUUUUGUGUGAUGCUAGGGUUUCGAUUAUCAUGUUCUCUAGCUCUAACAAGCUUCAUGAGUUCAUUAGCCCUAACACCACAACAAAGGAGAUCAUAGAUCUGUACCAAACCGUUUCCGAUGUUGAUGUUUGGAGCGCACACUAUGAGAGAAUGCAAGAAACCAAGAGGAAGCUGUUGGAGACAAAUAGAAAGCUCCGGACUCAGAUUAAGCAGAGGCUAGGUGAGUGUUUGGACGAACUUGAUAUUCAGGAGCUUCGUAGUCUUGAGGAAGAAAUGGAAAACACUUUCAAACUCGUUCGUGAGCGCAAGUUUAAAUCCCUUGGGAAUCAGAUCGAAACCACCAAGAAAAAGAACAAAAGUCAACAAGACAUACAAAAGAAUCUCAUACAUGAGCUGGAGCUAAGAGCAGAAGAUCCUCACUAUGGCCUAGUAGACAAUGGAGGCGACUACGAUUCGGUUCUUGGAUAUCAAAUCGAAGGAUCACGUGCUUACGCUCUUCGUUACCAUCAGAACCAUCAUCACCAUUACCCCAACCAUACCCUUCAUGCACCAUCUGCCUCUGACAUCAUUACCUUCCACCUUCUCGAAUGAUUAAUGGUUAAAAAAGGUUGCUGGUGUUUGUCAUUAUCUACCUACUGAAUAACUACUUGAAAAGCAUAAGGCUGGUGUUUGUAUACAACCCUAAACUAUCAUGUUGCUUAAUUAUGUAUUUCUUAGAACCUUAAGUAUGGAUUGUGUGAUCAAUAGCUUGCUGCUUUGACUUAUUGUGGAUUGAAACGUUUUCAACACUAUGUAUAAUAUUAUGCAGUAUUCACUACC